UAGAAAUUAAAAGUAGAAAGAAAAGUCAUCCCAUCGGCGGAGAACACGCUGACCAUCAUUUUAAGACACUUUAGUGGAACAGCACGAUCAGCAAAGUGGGCGCAACCCGUCCGACCUUCAGGAUGAGCCAGCUCGACCUCGGCGCGAACGCGCAUCCCAUUCACUAAAGGGGUCCGCGAGUACGCGCUCUGACAGCAACGUGCACGAGCAACGCCGGCACUCGAGCGGACCGGUGUAAAUCACCGCAAUGGCGGAGAGGGGAGGGCGGAGGACACCGGCUCCGGCUCAGCCCUGCCUCCCUGCUGCAUGUGAGCGCAGCAGAGUAGACGCACGAGAGGCAGCGGCAGCAUCACACAGGCAACAAAGGGACGCAUGGUCCAUCCAAGGCAUCACAUUAUUAGACGAGCCAUUUUGAUUGCAUCUAUUCUCACUUCAAAGGGUGUGAUAGCGCUGCACAGUCAUGGAGCUGGAGCACUUUGACGAGCGGGACAAGGCUCAAAGGUACACCCGGCGGGGUUCACGGGGGAACGGCCUCCCCAGCCCCACUCACAGCGCCCACUGCAGCCUCUACAGAACCCGGACGCUGCAAGCGCUGAGCUCGGAGAAGAAGGCCAAGAAGAUCCGCUUCUAUCGCAACGGGGACCGCUACUUCAAGGGGAUCGUCUACGCCGUUUCUCAGGAGAGAUUCAGGUCUCUGGAAGCACUCCUGGCCGACCUCACAAGGAGUCUGUCAGAUAAUGUCAACUUGCCCCAAGGGGUGCGGACCAUAUAUACCAUUGAUGGGACCACAAAGAUCACCAGCAUGGACCAGCUGGUGGAAGGGGAGAGCUAUGUGUGUGCAUCCAUAGAGCCCUACAAGAAGGUGGAUUACACGAAGAACGUCAACCCUAACUGGGCGUUGGGCGCCAGGACGGCUGUGGCUGCCCGCGACCCUUCCUCUCUCGGUAGUUCCAAGGCUGGAUGUGCAGAAAGCCGAGAGAGCAGGGACUUCAUCAGGCCCAAGUUAGUGACCAUCGUUCGCAGUGGGGUGAAGCCCCGCAAGGCUGUGAGAAUAUUACUCAACAAGAAAACGGCGCACUCCUUUGAGCAGGUCAUGACUGACAUCACAGACGCCGUAAAGCUGGACUCUGGAGUUGUGAAAAGGCUUUAUACUAUUGACGGCAAGAUGGUCACCAGUCUGCAGGACUUUUUUGGAGAAGAUGAUAUUUUCUUUGCAUGUGGCCCAGAGAAAUUUCGCUAUCAGGAUGACUUUAACUUGGAUGAAAGUGAAUGCAGGGUAUCAAAGUCUUCGUCAUACGGCCGGCUCCCCACCCUGCAGGGCCGAUCGUCCCCAAGAGGGGGUGGGAUGUCCCGCAGGAGUAAGUCUCCCUCAUCCACUGGUUCAGCUAAUGGUACUGCAGGGAGUCAGCUUUCCACCCCACGAUCUGGAAAAUCUCCAAGUCCUUCCCCAACCAGUCCAGCCAGUCUCAGAAGAAGACAGGGAUCUCUGCACAGUGGUUCUUCCCUGUCUUUAGCAUCUACCAAGGUUUGCAGUUCAAUGGAUGAAGACGGGCCUGGAAGUGAAGUUGAACCAGUGGAUGAUUACCCCUCAGUCCCUCCCUCCAUAGCAGAAAGGUACAAAGUGGGGAGGGUUUUAGGCGACGGAAACUUUGCUGUGGUCAGAGAAUGUGUAGAGAGAUCCACUGGAAGAGUUUACGCUCUGAAGAUCAUCAGCAAAGAUAAAUGCAGGGGAAAGGAACACAUGAUCCAGAGUGAAGUAGCAAUCCUUCGCCGUGUAAAACAUCCCAACAUCGUACUUUUAAUUGAAGAAAUGGACACACUUGGUGAACUCUAUCUCGUUAUGGAGUUGGUUAAGGGGGGUGAUCUCUUUGAUGCCAUCGCCUCUUCAAACAGAUACACAGAGCGAGAUGGCAGCUCCAUGCUGUUCAAUUUGGCAAGUGCCAUCAAGUACCUCCACAGUCUCCAUAUUGUUCACAGGGACAUAAAACCAGAAAACCUGUUGGUCUAUGAACACCAAGAUGGAAGUAAAUCUCUGAAGCUAGGUGACUUUGGCCUAGCCACUGUCGUCAACGGACCACUCUAUACUGUGUGUGGCACACCCACCUAUGUAGCACCAGAGAUCGUCACUGAGACAGGAUAUGGUCUUAAGGUUGACAUUUGGGCUGCUGGCGUCAUCACUUACAUACUGCUGUGUGGCUUUCCUCCUUUCCGUGGCUGUGGUGAGGAUCAGGAGGCUCUCUUUGAACAGAUUUUGAGAGGCCAGCUUGAGUUCCCUGCACCAUACUGGGAUAAUGUGUCUGACACUGCCAAGGCUCUUAUCACUGGGAUGCUGCAGGUAGAGGUGGAUCGCAGAUAUACAGCUGCGCAAGUUCUCGAUCACCCCUGGGUCAAUGAUGAUGGUGUGUCAGAGAACGAGCAGCAGCUGCCUGUGGCUGGGAAAAUCAAGAAGCACUUCAAUACUGGGCCCAAGCCCAGCAGCACCACGGCAGGAGUGUCAGUCAUUACGACCACGCCACUUGAUAAGGAGAUGCAAGUUUUCCGACGAAGACGCCACCACCAUGUGAAGGCUACGCCCCAGAUCCCACAGAGUAUUCGUGCCUGCGCCCCCCACAGUGCCAACCCUGGACCUUCCCCGGCUGAAUUUACCUCAGAGUCCGAGGACUAUUCUCCAAGUUCAGCGGACACUGUCCGUUCACCCACGUCUCCAUUCUAACAGCUUCCUGAGAACACAACACCAUUCACCUGUUUGUGAAAAGGUAAAAGACAGUGUAGUGCAAACAGGACCAUGCUGAAAUUGGAUGUAGUUUGCCAACUUGGACAUUCAAACACUGCUUAUUGACCUGUCCUUUUUCUCUCUCGAUCUUUUUUUUUAAAUACAAAACAUGUCUACUAGAUGGAGCAUGCAACAAUUUUCCUUUUUUUUAACAAACGCACUGCAAACAGUUUUAAGCCUUAUUGUUAUUACUCAAGCCCUUGUUCAUUAUAGUAAUGUAGCGCCCUCCAGUGGUGGAUCUUGUUAACUGCAGAGAAGACAAAUUUCCACAAAGCACUUUAUUGAAAAGUGUAAAUGCACGAACACUAAUUUUGUGAUUCAGUAUUCAAUACAAAUUAUCAGCCAUAUGGACCUAAACAUAAAUUGUUUAAUUGUGGCAGGCUUAAUCCAAUGUUAAGUCACCUUUCUGAUGUACUGUAUAACAUCACUCUGUGCUGUGGUUAUUUAGCUUCUGGUGAACAAACCUUAGACACACUGUUGAAUGUGACUUGAAAAUGGGAAGGACAUGCUGCUAUAAUGACAGUGGGUGAGGUGGUGCUAGUGUCUGAGCGUUGAUGGCCCAGUUUGUGUGUGCUUGAGGAUGAUUACUGAAACUGUAGAUUUGUUACUUGUCUGAGUGUGGUUGUAUUCUGCAGUGGUACAGAUUAAUGUCGGUGCUAUGUAGUUAUUAGUAGGUGCAUGUGUAAAAACCUUGCCUUGGCACAUAUGGAUAAGUGCAAUUAGAUGUACUGCCCAAUAAGCACAGCUUCAGAUUUGUCCCGAGUGAGACGGGAUCUGUUGUCUGUGUAACCCAUAGACACAGUUGGCUCUCGUGCUACCUUUUUACCCAAACAAUUGAACAUGUUAGUGUACAGUAAUUUAACAGUGCUUCCAGUAAAACCCUUCAUUUCAGUUCAAACGUAUGUAUCUGUCCUCUGUGCUCUUCAUUAUCUGUUAAUUCCCCAGAGAUCAGAUAAUCAUGGAUGAGAAUGUCCUUUCCUGUUUUUACACUAUAACCUGCAUGUCUGCAAAAAUGCAUCCUGAAUCCGUUGUUUCAAUGCUCGGUAUACAUUGACAUUGUGAGUUCUCCACUGAUGAAAGAUGUUAGGUCAGACUACAGUCACACCCCAAUAAAUACUUGUGUAUGUACAUAUUUAAUCAAAUGUAAGUCCACACCUUUUUGUUUAAGGGCUUUUUUGUUUGGGAGCUGAGGGGAACGAACCAAAGGAGAAAGCACAAGGAGUGAAAUUGUGUAUUUGUUUUUCAUCCUCCUGAAAAACAUGUAAUACAGUUUAAGUAAAUGGCACUGGGAAUGUCAGGAAACAGAGAAUGUAAAUAUUUUAUUUUCCAUCCUGGUCCUUUUAAGUCAAAGGCUUUAAGUGUUUUCCAUCCAUCCCUGCUGAUUACCUAGAUCAAAAGCUGGAGAAGAUCCCAGCUUCUUGGUGACUAAACACAUCUGCUGCAGGUAAGCAAAGGGAUGGAUGGAAAACAACUAGACCAGUGGGGCUUGAGGACCAAUUUUAAUAAACCCUUGUACUGUUACUGACUUAUGGACAUUAUAAAACAAUUCAAAUAUGUAACGACUUUGUUUUCCAUAUCACAGGGACAAUGUUCUAGUAAAUCUUCCUACAGUGUACUCUAAGAAAUCAAACUUGGGAAAUAAACAGGACUUUAUUGAUUUAA